AUUCUGUCUCUCAAGCCUUAUCUAAAACACUCAACCUGAAGCUCUCUCUGUGAUCCAAAACUACAACCAAGAAACCAAGAGACUAUUGUUUUGAUACAAUGAUAAAAUCACUUCUCUCACGUUCAUUUCCUUCUCCUUUACUCAUAGAAGCCCGAGAUGUUAAUCGUUCUAGCAAGAAAGUUGUUUCUUCUACCAUUACAUGUUCUUCUUCAAGAAGCGAUGAUGCUUGUAAUAUUCCUAAACUCGACCCCUUUAGCCGAACCAAGAUUGAGCGAGCUAUUAAAUCACCACCCCUGAUUCAAAAAUCCGAGAACGAACUUGCUGAUUAUUGUUCAACCCUUGAAGGGGAUGAUUCUUAUAGCUGCUGGAGAGCUUAUUUUGAACUGAAAGAUCUUGAAAGAGAGUCACCGAAAGAGGAUGUAGAGAGGCUAAUUAUCCAAUCUGGUGGUGUUAAGUCAUUAAUUGGGUGCUUACAUGGAAUUUCAUCAAUGCACAAAGGGAAAAAGAAUGCUUUCAGUAUGGCGGCACCACCGAAUGUGAUGAAAGAAAGAGAGAGACUGUGUCCAAUACCAGAUGGUUUGCCAAAAUCGCUGGAGGAGCUUGAAGAGGAAGAAAGAGCUAGAAUGCCGGAUUCACCAUUUACUAGAAUGCUUAGAACUAAAGGAAGGUUCCCUGCUUGGUACUCUCCUGCUCCGGACCACGAAACAGAUUGAUUAACAAGUUGUGUCGUGUUGCAUGCCUGUGCUCGGUUGCUUCUUUGCAUACCUUGUAUGCAUGGAUGUGGUGUGAAUAUGUGAAAUUUCUAUAGAUGAUAUUGAUUCAUAUGGUGUUUAUAUACUCCGGGAUUUUUAUCUGAUCGUCGUUCGUCGUUUCUUCAGGUUGCGUCAUGGGAAGUUCUUAGUGCUAGACAAUCUGUUUGCAACAUUCAAUGUCUGCAAAUUUUGUAAAAAUUUGUUUCACGGGUUAAGAAGAAGAAAUUAUUUUUUGUUUUUCUUAA